UUUCCCCGGACCAUGUGAGUUGUUCCCCGGUUUGUUUGGUGUUGGAAAAGCAGCCACCUCACGGAUACAGCCAGCUGGAGUUUGAGUAAAGCGAGCAGCAGUCUGCAGAGACUCAAGGCUGAGCAGAGCUGUCAGGGGCAUCAGCUAUGCGCCGAGCUGAUUGAAACCGCAGAGACAAAGUGAAGAGACGCGUUUAGUAAAACAAGAAAAAAGAUGCCGAAGGAGAAAUGUCAGAGGCGGCCAGCGCUGCAGGGCUCCAGGCAAUGAGAAAGGACAAUGCAUACAAAUGGAAUUUAAUUAAACAUUUAAGAUGGGGUUGUGCUGAAGAUUGAAACAAAGUUUUUGCUUUCUCGUGCACCUGCUCACAACCGCGAGAAUGUUGUUCCAGUGAAGCUGUGAACGGAAAUACCGCACGGUCCUCAGAAUAAGAAAGUGGUGCACCGGCCGCAAACAAUCUGCAAGCGCAUGUAACACGUCUAAACAAAACACAGUGCAUACUGACGGACAUAAACCGCAGAUUAUAGAUGAAGUAUGGAAAUAACCUAUAAAUAAUACCGGAAACAGAUCUGCAGUUUCGGGUGUUUGUUCAAGUUUUAAACUGGCAACAAAACUUUUUUUUUAAUGGCAAGUAGCUUAAACUUUAAUUAAUUGUUUUAAGUAAAUUGCGAAUUUUGAUAAAUACAACUGACCAAACCUCAGCACGAAAUCUCGUUCCUGUGUGCGUUGCUUUCUGUUUAUCACUUGGGACAUUGUCAAAGCCGUUUAGCCCAUGACAGGUGUCAUCUGGCUCGCGGGGGACGAUGACAGCUUGACGAUGGGCAGGAGUGACGCCGGAGGUAGCAGCAUGAGCGCUAGUCGUGAGAGGGUCGAGUCAGUCCAGCGUGUCACUGGACUCCACGGCAUCGCCGGCUGUGAUGACAGUAACAUUCUAGCGAGAUCAUUCGAGGCGAGCUGUGUGCAGACCGAUGGCGAUACAGCCUCGUCAGAUACCCAGUCCAGCCCAGCCAUGGUGAAGAAACACCAGCAUAAACACAACUUGAAACACAGGUACCAAGUACUGGAGACGCUUGGCAAGGGGACGUAUGGGAAGGUGAAGAAAGCCGUGGAGAGGGGGACUGGCAAGACCGUUGCCAUUAAAUCCAUUCGAAAGGACCGGAUCACUGAUGAGCUUGACAGGGUUCACAUUCAGAGGGAGAUUGAAAUCAUGUCGUCACUCAGGCACCCCAACAUCAUCCGCAUUAAUGAAGUCUUUGAAAGCAAAGAUAAAAUCCUCAUUGUUAUGGAGAAUGCCAGCAGGGGGGAGCUGUAUGAUUAUGUUAAUGACCGACACAGGAUCUCAGAGCCGGAGGCACGCAGCUUCUUCAGACAGCUCACUUCAGCAGUGCACUACUGUCACAAGAAUGGAGUCGUUCACAGGGACCUGAAACUGGAGAACAUUCUUCUCGAUCAAGACUACAACGUUAAGCUGGCAGACUUUGGCCUGUCAACCCAGUUCAAGAAGGAGCAGGUCCUGCAGACUUACUGUGGGAGCCCCCUCUACGCCUCGCCAGAGAUCGUCAAUGGACUGCCAUACCGGGGGCCUGAGGUGGACUGCUGGGCUCUAGGUGUCUUACUUUAUGCCCUUGUGUAUGGAAGCAUGCCAUUCGACAACACUAACUACAAGACCCUGACAGAACAGAUCAGCCGUGGCGAGUACAGGAAACCCCAUCAGUCGUCAGAUGCUUGUGGGCUGAUCGACUGGAUGCUAACAGUUAGCACAAAGGAUCGAGCGACUGUAGAAGAUAUUGCAAACCACUGGUGGGUAAACUGGGGCUACGAUAAGUCAGUGUGUGACUGUGUCUCUGGGCAGGACUGUCCCUCUCCAUUACUGGCACGCUACAUCGACUGGCAGAACCGAUCCAUUGCACAAGAGCUCAAUAGCGCACCAGAUCUUCAGCUUUAUUUUAGCUUCCCUCUGCUUCACACGUCCAAGGGUGAGCAGGCAACUUGCUUGAAGAAGUCCAAAAAGGAGAAUGACAUAACUCUACCUCAACAAAGAACCUUCAGCAGAACAUCGGACAAGAAGCCAAAAGGGAUCCUGAAAACCAGGAGCAGCUCUGAUUCUGCAUGCCUUCCUUGCACAGUCUCUCAGUUAUGCACCCCAGAGAAUCAGGACAAGCACCUCCCAGCUGCAGGCUCUGGCAGCCCAAAGGCUCUCCCUAACCAUGAUAAGACACCAGUGUCAUCCAAAAUGCCAAAGAAAGGGAUCCUCAAGAAGCGCUACCAAAGGGAGUCAGGGUAUUCUUCGUCUCCAGAGAGGAGCGGUUCCCUGGGCAGCUCAGGCAAGAGUGAAGCGAAGCAGCCUGGGGAGGAAUCCCAGCCAACAGGAGACGUAGUGCUGCGGAGAAAGGGGAUCCUCAAACGCAAUGGCAAGUUUUCUGCCAGUUUAGAUCUGCCCGAUGACAUCUCAGUGCUCAAGCUCUCCGAGUCCCUGAAACACUUGAUCCUGUCCAGCGGGUGCAGCAGGCAGCAGCAGCAAGCUCAGGCUCAUAGCCGGCCGCCCAGCGUCAUCAGUGACGACAGCCUUCUCUCCAGCGACUCCUUCGACCUCCUGGACUUGGCUGCAGCUGAAAACAAGAGGCGCCUCUUUGCCCAGAGCAGUAAGCACAGCCUUUGCAGCUCUGAGGAGGAGCAGGACUCAGAGGCAAGAGGGAAGGUGAAGGAGGGGAGAGAAGAAAUUACACUGGAGGAGAGAAAGGAGGUCUACUGCCAAGCUCAGAAGAUAUGUGAACACUUAUAGCAAUGGAUUCUAACCUGGCUCAGUUUAUCUGAUUGGAGGGAAUGUUGUUCCCAGCAUAAUGGAACGGUACACUCUAGACCCUAUUCUGAAGCAUUUUCCGAGAGGAACAAAACUAUUUUAUAACUAUAGCAAGGAAGUUAUAAGUUAUAAGAUGGAGAAGUACUUCCUUGCUAGUUUUAUAUCAUUAACAUAAUUUUAUUCCUCUCUGAAAAUAUGCACUGCCUUCAAAAUAGGGCACUUUGUUAUGUACAAUAUUGUAAGCCACAGAUCUACAAGCUUCCAGUUUUAGUUCCCUUGUUAUGCCAGGACAACACUGAAAACAUCCAUGCAAUUGCCAAGAGACAGCCGGGAGAGAUAAGCUAAGAUGGUGAAUUCAAAGUAAAAUCUAUCUGCAUGUCUCCUGUAGUUGCUACUCUAAGGAUCUGCCUUAGUAAAAACUUCCCUCAAGAGUUCACUGUCUGGAAUAGCCUAUGUAUACUGGAGCUGGUUUCAGGUUACUGCUCAUAGAAGCCAUAUGGAAACUAGGCAUAGCACUUAUUUAUUUUUACAGCUAACUGCUUGUACCCAGUCUUACAGCUGGGGUGGAACUGAGACGCAAGGAGAACAGCAUCCUCUUUGCUAAAGUUCGUAACGUGCAGCCGCAACAUAGAAAGCUGCGAAAUUCAUGCAACAUUGUUUAGGAGCACUGCUUUGAACCCAGGGGCAUGGAAUUCACAUCCACACAUGUACUGUAUGGAGCAUUGUAAAUAAUUAUGGAAACACCCAGACAAAUAACAUUCCAGAUUCCUAUUCAAAUAAUGCAGUAGAAGCAUUUUUAGGGUAAUUGGUCUGUUAACUAUUUACUAUUUAUUACACUGCCACCAUAUCUAACUUCUAGGUUUUCCUAACAUUGAAGCAUUUCUGAAGGUGCAACACUGUAGACCAGCCCCCUACUCUGUGUUGUUCUGCAGGUAUCGGAGUCCCUCAAUUUGUUCCUUUACAAUUAAAAUGGUAGUGGAGCUAUUAAAGGGCAGAAAAAAACUUAGCCCCCUCUUCAAACACAAAGGAUCUUAAUAAGCAUGGAAAAAAGCUUGAGAUGUUUUAAUUGUGAAAUUGUGUUCUAAAUAUUUUGAAUUUGAAAUAAAUCUUUAACAUCUAUGGAUGUCUUAAAAUGGUUUUGCUCCAUCUCAGUAGUUCAUUUUGUUGUCCAUGCCUGUGUUCCAAGCCGUGCUUCAUUAUACACAUCUCUGCACACGCAGAAUAAGGAUGAAGACAAGUGACAUGCCGGUUAGGGGAUUGCAGGACUUGUAGCUCAUAGUAGUUGACAGGAAAGAUACAAUAUCUUAUCAGCAAACACGCCUUUUGAAAGCACUUUGUAUUUUGUAACUUGUCAUUUACCAAACUGAGACAUUGCAUGAGUUUACUAAGCAACUGCUGACGUGUAAUGUUUGCACCAUUUUUCUACUAAAAGAAAAUUAUGUCACAAAAGCUGUAAAAAGGGAGGAAGCCAUGAACAGUACCUGAAGGAUACUGCAAAACAUUUUAAAGAGAUAUAUAUAUAUAUAUAUAUAUAUAUAUAUAUAUAUAUAUAUAUAUAUAUAUAUUACCAAUUGCUAGUUUUGUUUUGCCAAAGCUAUUGCGAACCCUUCCAAGCAAGUUGCUAAAAUGUAACACAUUGCAAAACAUCUCCUUUUAGUCUUUUUGUGUAUUUUUCAUUUUUGUGUACGUUUUUGCAGUAAGAGGCCAAUGAUUGUUUUCAAUGCAUUGUGCGGAAUGGACAGUUUUACAACUCAGAGCAACUUGAGAGAUUUUAACAACAAACCAAAAACCUUUAGACCAAGGUUCGAGUGGCAUGCAAAUAAAUCUAAUAAUGGCAACAUAAUUACUGUAAUUAUGUAUCUAUGUGUAUUUAGUUCUAUGGAAACCAAAAUAUUGUGUUUUUUGUAUGUUAUUUUAUAAAUAAUAAUGUAUUCAAUAAAAAUAUGACUGUAA